AUGUAUACUAAGAUCUUAAACAAGAAUCUGAAAAAAUCAGCCAAGAAUUUAGGCUUGGAUGAAAAUUUUGUCUUUCAGCAAGAUAAUGAUCCUAAGCACACUGCUAAGAUCACAGAUGAUUGGUUUGAAAAAAAUAAUAUCAAUGUUUUAGAUCGGUCUUCUCAGAGUCCAGAUCUUAAUCCAAUUGAAAAUCUUUGGCAAUAUUUAAAAUUACGUGUACAUGAAAGAUUACCAAAACCAGUUAAAGAUUUGGAAGAAAUAGUAAUAGAGGAAUGGUACAAAAUAGCAGUACAGGUUUGCCAAACUUAUAUUGACUCUAUGGAAAGAAGAAUCGAAGCAGUUUUUAGGUCUAAAGGUGGUCAUUGUAAAUAG